AUCGACAAUCUGGCAACGCCAAUUAAACUUGAUUAUAAUGAAACAUUUUGGCGCACACGAAUAUUUCUUUGUUUACGUUAAAUUUUCAGCUCUUAAAUGAAAUGAACUUCGAUCAUAUAAAUAUACCAGCAAAGCUAGUGCCGGAAAAUUAUUUUAAGCUAGGUGUGGCGGCACAAAGAGGAAAGCAGCGCAGUUUUAAAGCGCUUCUCGAAAAGCGCAAGCUUCCGGAAAAGGGAUGGCCCGAUGGGCAGAUUGAGGAGCUGGUGAAUCAGCUGGCAUCAUUGGACAGCAAUAACUUUCCUCAUAAGGUCGGACUCGGAGAAAGAGAGGCGCGAAUUGCAUGCAAUCUCGUGGCCCGCAGGAACUAUAACUUUGGUCACGGAAUCGGGCGCUCUGGAGAUUUACUAGAGGCGCAACCCAAAGCAGCUGGUUCGACUCUGCUCGGCCAUCUCACAAAUGCUCUUCUACUGGAUCUUCUGCGGGGAAUCGGACUGCCAAGUUGUGCCGCUUGCUUUCUGGUGCCGAUGUGCACCGGAAUGACCAUAUCCCUGUGCCUUCAGACCCUUCGCAAGCAACGAACCGCAUCGAAAUAUGUGCUCUGGUCCCGCAUAGACCAAAAGUCCUGCUUUAAGGCCAUCACAGCGGCAGGCUUGGAACCAGUUAUUAUUCCUUGUAAGGUUAUCGGAGAGUCCCUGCACACCGACAUCAAUGCAUUUCAGGAGAAGGUUGAGUCAUUGGGAGCAGAGAGCAUCCUCUGCCUGUACACCACUACCAGUUGCUUUGCCCCCCGAAACAGUGAUGACAUUGUGGAGGUAUCUAAACUGUCACAGAAGUGGCAAAUUCCUCACCUGGUCAAUAAUGCCUACGGACUGCAGGCGGAAGACAUUAUUUGCCAGUUAGAGCGGUCUAAUAAAGUCGGGCGCAUCGAUUUCUUUGUUCAAAGUAGCGACAAAAAUCUUCUGGUGCCAGUGGGUGGUGCUAUUGUGGCUAGCUUUAAUGAGAGUCGGCUGCACGAUGUGGCCAGCACCUAUGCGGGAAGAGCCAGUGCAUCGCAGUCCCUGGACGUAUUGAUGACUUUGCUUUCACUUGGUCGAAUCGGCUUUCAAUCCCUCAUUCAGCAUCGCAAAAAUAACUUUGAUUACCUCAGAGAAAACCUUAAGAAAUUUGCAGAACGACGCGGAGAAAUUGUGAUAGAUAGCAAGUACAACUCCAUAUCUUUGGCAAUAACGCUUGGUACAAUUGCUGCUGAUCAGAAGGAUGGCAUCACCCAGCUUGGAUCUAUGCUGCACAUGCGAGGUGUUUCGGGAGCAAGAGUAGUGAUCCCUGGGCAAACCAAAUACAUUGAUGGACAUGAAUUUUUAGAUUUUGGCUCCCACUGUAGCGAUUUGAAAGUUCCAUAUCUAACUGUGGCCUCUGCCUUGGGAAUAUCUCGAGAGGAGAUCGACAAAUUUUUUGAUAUAUUUAGCAAGUGCUGGAACAAAAUAAAUCUCAAUAAACGAAAGAAUAAUUAAUCUUUCAAUGUCAACCGACUAAAUAAUGAUCCGUUUAAAAAAAAUGCAUGUAUUUAAACAAAUACACUAUGUAUAAUAUUGGUUCAAAACUAAAUAAAAACUAUUACGGAACCUAAAA